AUGAACAAUACUACGGUGGCUCCAUCUUCCAUCCUACUGAGGUACUCCUCCAGGACGGCCAUCUUAGACGAAUUUGCACCUUCCGGACAAUUUGUUGAGCGCGUUGUGACGCCAUUCUGGUACAUCAUUGGCUUUGUCGGUAAUCCCAUCUCAGCAGUGGUUUGGUUAGGACAACGUAUGCGGCGAAACAAUUCCUCAGCCAUAUACCUCGGAGCACUGUCAAUAUCUGACUGGUUGUUCCUGUUCCUUCACUUCCUUCAGACGCUCCAUUUCUCCUGGGGGUUUGAUGUCUACAAUACUCACGUCAUUUGUGAAAUAUUUCAUUUCCUGUACUACAUACCACAGUAUUUGUCCACAUUUCUUGUUCUAGGCUUCACGGUGGAGAGGUACGUGGCCGUAUGCCACCCGUUUCUCAAGGAGAAACUGUGUACUGUCAAAAGAGCCAUCAUUAUUGUGAUAUUCCUAGCGCUGUUUUCUGUCGGUUUGGCGUCUGCUCAGAUCUACAUCUGGACAUUCAGCGCAUUUGAAGGCACCUGUAACAUCCGGUCCGAAGCAAACACAGAAGGUUCCACUAGCUUCUGGAGUUUAUGGACCUGGAUAACCGACAUCUUUGCCUUUGUGAUCGUGCCGCUUGUUGUUUUGAUUUUCAAUAUUUUAGUUUUGAGAGAAAUAUUCAAAAUUUCAAGAAACGACAUGAUGAAGAGGCAGCAGUGUAGGAAUGGAAACAGCACGGCUUCGACAGUUACUCUCCUAGCGGUGUCUUUCUAUCUGAUCAUCACUCAGAUAAGUGCUACUGUUGUCGUCUGCCUGCAGCCAAUUUUUCCUAACGGUAACAUGUUUAUGAACGAUGACGACAUCCGCGGAGACAAAACCUGGUCUCAUUUAUUCACAUACCUUGAUGUGAGAAAAGUGAUCGAAGUCAUUUGCUUGUCUCAUUACGCAUGUUACUUCUGUAUUUACUGUCUGACUGGGAAACAUUUUAGGAAAGAGGUUGUGUUUUUGGUUACACUUCGAGGAAGGCUCCGGUAUUUUGCUAGUGUUAUUUGCAGAAGACAAAGAUCUGAACGAUAUUCUAUGGUAUCUACCAACGGCCUACCCAUGUCUGAGACUUUCACAACAGCUUUCUCCACAGCAAUCUGA